ACCUCCUUAUAAGCAGAGACGAUCUAUGCUUCAAACAUGGCCGCUCGCAUGUGAAUGUCAUGCCACUUCAUUUCAUGUGUAACUGGUUAGACUUGGAGGUUUAAAAGUAAAUCUGAUCUUGCGGGUUUUUUGACUUCCAAGUUAGUCACUAAUUGGCAAGACCCGAAUGCUCCCGGUUCCGCGGAACUACUGAGCAGCUCACUUGUUAACACGUUAGCAAAGCAGUGGAUCGCCACCGAGAAAAAGACCGAUGGAUCCGGACCAGCAGCUGAGAAACCUGCGGGAUUUCCUUCUGGUUUACAACCGCAUGACUGAAAUCUGCUUCCGGCGCUGCACAAGUAACUUCAACUACAGAAACCUCACAAUGGACGAGAGCUGCGUGGACAGCUGUGCUGGGAAGCUGAUUCGCACAAACCACCGCUUGAUGGGCACCUAUGUGCAGCUGAUGCCUCGGAUGGUGCAGCGGAGGAUGGAGGAGAUGGAGAGCAAGGCUGCAGAGAAUGCAAAGGCAGCCGAGGCUGCAGCUAUUGCAACCUCAGAAGCUGCCCCAGCAAUUCAGACCCCCAUAAAUUCAUCUCCACCUACUCAGAUUACUCCUUCAGUGACUAAAGUAGCACCAGAAGUCCACGACUCUGCCUUGAAGCAAGCAGGAUUAGGAAUUCCAGCCAAAGGAAUAAGUUUAUCACCUGCCGCACCACUCACACCCAGAACUGAAAAUGUCUCAGAGCUUAAAGAAACUGGACCAUUGAAUACAGCAGGAUUUCCUCAGCCUGCUGUGUCUGGAAUCCAGAAUGACCAGACACCAUGACCAGAAAAUGGGCCAAAAAGCAGGUCCUACAGAGUCUAAAACAUGAGACCUGACAGGUCUAGAGUGUCUUGUUGGUCAGACUGGAACAUCUGUCCUCAACUUCCACCACAAACAGCUGGUAUCUGAUGAUGAUCCCAACAGUCAUUAAAUAUUUUAUUGACUGGUAUAAACUUUGUUUUGGGUUUUUUAUUUAUUUAUUGUAUAAGGUAACUAUUGUCUUACUGAUUUUAGAUUAAAAAUAAAGGAUUGCUGACAGAAAGUUAA